AUGGGUACCUGUUCUUGCAACGAAUCCGUCAACGGUUAUCUUGUUUUGUGCGAUAAGCCAAAGAUGGACCUGGGCGACGACUCGGCCGGUGGGAAUGGUUCAAACUGGGAUCACCUGAGCUGGCAAGCUGCCGCCGCCGUUGGUCGUCGUCGUCGUCGCAGGCAGCGAGGACGCAAUGCUGACCGCACCGUCAUGCUCGGACAAGGUUUGCACUGUUUAGCGGGGAAGGAGGAGGGGAGCCGUACUGCCGCCAGCGAUUACAUUUGGGCUCUUUAUUCUGUUAUCAUCACUGAUUCAUCCUGA